UAUUACGACGCCUUCAGAUCAGAUGUUCUCACUCAAAACCAAAUUGUGUUCACUAGCUUGCCUAGUGUUUUACGAGAAUUCAGAUAUUAUUGAACAGCUGUGAAGCUUCAAACAGCCGAAUCAAAUCAUCCUGAAAGUGAGUUAUUCCGUAAAUGACAGACAGCGAAGACAAAGUCGGUGUUUUUGAAGCUCGUCAACGCCAUUUUAACUUCUGUGUGGGGCGAAUAACCGGUCGAAUGGCUAGCCAGCGCUUCAAGCUGUCAAACAGCUAGCCAGAUCACUAGCACUAGCAAGAAGACGUCGUUAUUAGCGUGGAUUCUUAUGGUGUGUGUAACCUAGUUAACAUGCCGUGUAAUUAGGCUAUACACGCAGUGGUAUGUCACACAGUUGUCCAACAGGUUUACAGGCCUGCUAGUGGGAUUCUUGCUACUGUGUGGUCAUCUACAAAAAAUACACUGGUUUAGCAGUCUUAUGUUCACCUAGAUAGUUACCUAGCGAGGCACCGUUGGACAGUAACCAGAUUUGGUUUGAGGAAGGAUUACUGAAAUCAACAAAACUGGAUAAAACAUUGGAUUUGGUCGGGUUUAAGUCGGGCUCAGCGGGAUCGCUGACCCCUCAGAAGAAAAUGAAGAAAAGGAAGGAGCUCAAUGCAUUAAUUGGACUUGGGGAAAGCAAGAGGAAGAAGACCAAGAAGGGCUCCGGUCACAGGCUUCUCCGAACCGAGCCGCCAGGCACGGAAUCAGAGUCCAGUUCAGACGAUGAUGAGUUCAACAACCUAGGCACCGUCGCCGCCUUUGGAAAAAGGAGUUACACGCAGUGCUGCAAUAUGUGCUACCCCCUCUUCCUGUUCAUAAUACUUGCUGCGUGUGUAAUGGCAUGUGGAGGACUGAUAUGGAUGCAAAUUGCCCUAAAGGAGGACCUGGACUCACUCAAAGAGAAGUUGCACACAUUGGAAUCCAGCCAGAAGGUGUCAUCACACGAGAUCCCAAAGCUAAGUGAAGACCUGAAGACAAGGCAGAGACAGCUAGAAGAUAUUGAAAAUGGUGACAAAGGUCUCAACAAACUAUGGUCCAACCUCACCGAGAUGAACAGAAAGAUCAGUUUGCUGGAUACUGCAGUGAACAACCUGAAGGCCAAUAUUAAGUCAGCCUCAGAUCUCAUCACCCUCCCUACUACAGUUGAGGAGCUCCAAAAGAGUGUGGCAACAAUUGGAAGCACUUUAACAAGUGUCCAGCACGAUGUGAAGACGAUGCAGACGGCGUUAGAGGAACAGAGGAAAGAAACGGAUGGUUUGAAACAGACAAUGGAUGACGGGGACACACAAUCCAAUGCCCAAUCGACAGCCUCCCCCGAAAAAGAUGCAAGCAACUUCUCAUCCUUAGCCUUAAAUACGGAUGUAGCAGAUCUGAAGGAUGUUGUGAGUGAGGUGAACAAGAGCCAGGAGCUUUUCCACUCCUGGACGGACGGCCAGAUUCUGUCUCUCCGCUCCUCUGUCUCCAACCUCACACAGAGGGUGUCCAGCCUGGAGCAAGCUUCUGCCCAGACAGCACCACACGUGAGGCCCACAACCAUGGACUCUGUGGAGAUCAUUGAGAGUGAAAAUAUUGGUGGAAAAGUCAGCGCGAUGGUGCCAGAUAGCAAAACAGGUGGAUCAACCACUGAGGCCAUUCAAGAAAAACCCACUCCAUCUACAGGCUCAAAGCCGACCAGAAGGCCUCGAUUCUUGACUCCAAGCCGUGCCAGGAGAGACACCGGGACAAGGAAGACGUUGGCCUUGCCAGGGGUCCGUUCUCUGAAAGAUCUUGAGGUCCUUUUCCAGCGUUCGGGGUCUGGUGCCACAUCACAGGGGAUGUCGUACCAGGACCUGAGGAACCUCCUAGGACCGGCAACUCCUGACUCCCAGAUCUUGGAGGGCUACGACCAAGAUGGGAACAGGAGGUACUCACUGGCUGAGCUGAAAGCUGCUGUUAAUUUGUGAGUGGGUCGGGUGGAUGGCAGUGAACAGUAUUGAACUAGGGAAGGCUCUGGUGUACGGAGCGCAUCCCAGCAAUCGCUGCACUUUUUCCGAACUGAGUAUUUAACAGGCUUAUUUGUGGAACAGUGGCACUAGCAUACCCACCUCAUCGGUCCCUCUACACAAGGACCCUUAUCUACUCUUCAGAAUCCCAGAUUUUCUUUUCUUUUUGUCCCAUUUUACAGAAUUGUUUACAAGUUAAGAAUUUACUAUCGUAUUUAUUUAAAUUGAGUUAAGGAAUGCUAACAUCGUAAUGUCACAAACAUAACCUAAAAAAUGUGUAUGUCAUCAAUCCUAGCUCGGGUAAGAGGUAUUAAAUUGCCAUAUUUAGAAAGGUUCAGUCAGCCAGUUCCCUGUCUCUUUAUCUGGUAGCUUUAUAUCAUUGUAAUCGGCUGCGCUUCAUGCCUACGACAGGAGCACAACUCACAGGUUAUUUGUAUAGUCGAAACCCCCUUAGGAUUUAUUGCUUUAAUAUAAACGUGUUCUCUUUACUCCCCAGAGUGCAGCAGUUAUGAAGUCUGCAAGAUUUGAAGGGCUAUAAAUACACUUAAUGAUAACAAUAAUAAUAAUUGUUUUAUAGUGGUAACUCCUUUAGCAUAUUAUGUAGCAACAAUACAGAAAUAAAUUGUCUUACAGGAUUAGUAUAGUGCUUGCUUCAAUUUACUUCAGUAGUGGUUUUUGCAAAUGAAGAGACAAGGAACCCCUGGCUCACAUGUAUAACAGGUAGUAAGAGAAGCACUGAUCGCCCUUUACUUGAUUGUCAGGCCUUUGUGGGGCUUAGAAUGAUACAAUGUAUAUACAAACUAUUCAACACUUGUAUUAUGUAAAUAUGGUAGAAUUUUUAACAUGGCUUAUGAAACAUGUCUUAGGGGUAGGGAUGUAUGGGUUGCAUAUGAAGUCUGUAGAAACUGCUCUUAGCAUUGUACAUUGUUUUGAGAAUUAUUUUAUUAGGUUGUGCUUUGCGCAUGUAAUUUAUAAUUUUUAACAGACUGUUUUAGAGGAGUGUGUUGAGAACUGGAAUUCAAAAUGAAAGCCAACAAUGUUUCAACAGAUUUGUCCCUUCAACGCUGUGAUGUUUAUGGGGAUUUGUGUUUUGCGUGAGCACUAAAUAAAUGUAAAUACAAGGA